CCAUCUCCUGCAGGGAUGCAGAGCCUCAUCCUGGGCAGGCAGCGCAGGAAUUCCAGGUGUGACCCCAAAAUCUGCGUGCAGCUGCCCUGGAAUCCCAGAUGUGGCCCCAAAAUCUGGAUACGAUGCUCGAGGGCUCCGCUCGCCGCCCGCGAUCCCUGCCCGCCCUGCCCCUGCCGUGAUCCCGACCCCGCCGCAGCCGCGCCCGCCAGGACCGCCGCGCCCGCCGGGCUCCGAUGGAAGGGGCGCCGGGCCCGAGCAGCGCCGCCGGCAGCGAGGGCGCCCCAUGAGCCCCCCCAGAUGAGCCAGGCAGGCAAGGGGGAGCCCCCCGGGGCCGGCAUGGCGCAGGAGGGGCCGCCCGCCUUCUACCCCGGCCAGGAGCUCGACCUGUCCACCAAGGUGUACAAGAGGGAGUCGGGGAGCCCCUUCUCGGUGCUGGUGGACAGCAAGGGCGGCAAGGGCCACCUCCACGAGAGGGAGGAGCAGCCGUUUUUCAGGGAGAGCAGAGCGGUAGGAGAGGUCCGGGCUGUGAAAGAAGACAGGGAAAACUCUGACGACUCUGAGGAGGAGGAAGAGGAGGAAGAUGAAGUGACUUACAAAAGGGAGCAGAUUAUAGUGGAGGUAAACCUUAACAACCAAACCUUAAAUGUGUCCAAAGGGGAGAAGGGUGUCCCCUCCCAGUCCAAAGAGACUGCUGUCCUUAAGAGCAGCAGUGAGGAAGAGGAGGGUGACAGUGGGGAAGAGGAGGCCACGGAGGACAGCAACGACUACGAGGAGAACGAGAGGCAGAAGAAAAAGGAGAAGAGAGUGGAGAAGGGCAGCGUCGGCCAGAGGAGGAGCAGGAGAGCCGCCGCGGCCGCCGCCGCCUCCCCGGCGCCCCGAGCCACGCGCGGCCGCAGGAAGGGCGCCGAGCCCCAGCGCAAGAAGAAAGCUGCCAAGGAGCCCAAGGCGCCCGUGCAGAAGCCCAAGUGCGAGGAGAAGGAGACUCUGACGUGCGAGAAGUGCCCCAGGGUGUUUAACACGCGCUGGUACCUGGAGAAGCACAUGAACGUCACGCACAGGCGCAUGCAGAUCUGCGACAAGUGCGGCAAGAAAUUUGUGCUGGAGAGCGAGCUGUCCCUCCACCAGCAAACUGACUGUGAAAAAAACAUCCAGUGCGUGUCCUGCAACAAAUCCUUCAAGAAGCUCUGGUCGCUGCACGAGCACAUCAAGAUCGUGCACGGCUACGCCGAGAAGAAAUUCUCCUGCGAGAUCUGCGAGAAGAAGUUCUACACCAUGGCCCACGUGCGCAAACACAUGGUUGCCCACACCAAGGACAUGCCCUUCACCUGCGAGACCUGCGGCAAGUCCUUCAAGCGCAGCAUGUCCCUCAAGGUGCACUCGCUGCAGCACUCGGGGGAGAAGCCCUUCCGCUGCGAGAACUGCGACGAGAGGUUCCAGUACAAGUACCAGCUGCGCUCACACAUGAGCAUCCACAUCGGGCACAAGCAGUUCAUGUGCCAGUGGUGUGGCAAGGACUUCAACAUGAAGCAGUACUUCGACGAGCACAUGAAAACCCACACUGGAGAGAAGCCGUUCAUCUGCGAGAUCUGCGGCAAGAGCUUCACCAGCCGGCCCGAAGAAGCCAGUACGGCCGGUGCGAGCCGUCGUUGGCGACCGUGCGACGUGUGCGGGCAGCGCUUCCGCUUCUCCAACAUGCUCAAGGCGCACAAGGAGAAAUGUUUCCGCGUCACCAGCCCCGGCACCAGCCCCGGCCCCGCCGGCGGCGCCGCGGCCGCUGCCCGCGCCCUGCCCGGCCCUCCGGCCGCGGGGCUGCGCGCUGGGCUGGCGGCGCCGGCGCCGCCGCGCCCCGUGCCGCACCCCUACGGAGCGCUGGCGCUGCCGCCGCCGCCGCACGGGCACCACCACCACCACGGGCAGCAGCAGCAGCAGCAGCACCUGCCCGUGCCCCCCGUGCCGCACCUGCCGCCGCCGCCGCCCGCCCUGUUCAACAAGAGCGAGCCGCUGAACCACCGCGGGCACGGCCACGGGCACGGGCACGGCUGGGGAGGGUUCCUGCGGCACCUGGACAAGGGCGGCCCCGCGCAGCCGCACUGACACCACCCGGCACCUGCAUCCAGGUUUGGGAGCUGG